AUGUGCGAUAACCAGGUCAUCAACGGCCACACCAAGGCCGGCGGUUACGCCGAAUACGUCAUCCUGCGCUCCGAGGCGACGGUGCGCGUGCCGACGCACGUGGACGCGGCGAAAUACGCGCCGUUCCUCUGCGCCGGGCUGACGGUCUUCAACUCGCUGCGCCACAUGGACGUGAAACCGGGCGAGACGGUCGCCGUGCAGGGGCUCGGAGGGCUGGGCCACCUGGCCCUGCAGACGGCGCGGCGGAUGGGCUAUCGCGUGGUGGCCGUCAGCCGCGGCGCCGACAAGGAGGCCUUCGCGCGCCAGCUGGGCGCGCACGAGUACGUCGACGCGAGCAAGGAAAAGGAUCUGGGAGAGGCGCUGCGCAGGCUGGGCGGUGCGAAGCUCGUCGUGACGACCGCGCCGUCGGCUGAGGUCAUGGGCACGCUGCUGAAGGGGCUGCUGCCGUUCGGCAAGUUGUUGAUUCUGUCCCUUCCCGGCCAGGUCUCGGUAGAUACUGGUCCCUUGCUGAGAUACGCCCUCUCGGUAACAUCUUGGCCGUGUGGUCACGCUACCGAUGCGGAGGAGGCCCUUCAGUUCAUGGAGCUGCAGAAGAUUGACUGCAUGGUGCAAACUUUCCCUCUUGCGGAAGCAAACAAGGCCUACAAAGCAAUGAUGGACGGAAGCGUCCGGUUUAGAGCGGUCCUUGUCAUGGAUUGA